AUGGAGUCCCGGGCACCGGGCAGGGGUGACGAGGGCACGAAGGCGCUCUACCUCGCACCCGGCAACGGUAGUGCGGCGGGGACCGUCGCGGUAGACGGGAUGGUCUCGAUCCAGGCGGGCGGGUCCGGCCUGCCGAAGCCGGAGCCCGUGCCGGUGGAGUUCCUGGGCGGCGGCGGACUCCAGGUAUCCAACCCGCGCCCCCCACCGCGUUACCGCGACCGGCACACCAAGGUGGAGGGCCGCGGGCGGCGCAUACGCAUGGCGGCGGCGUGCGCGGAAAGGGUGGCCCGCCUCACGCGGGACCUAGGGCACAAGUCCGACGGCGAGACCAUCCGCUGGCUGCUACAGCAGUCGGAGCCGGCCAUCAUCGCCGCCACGGGCACGGGCACGGUCCCCGCAAUCGCCGUCACGGGAGCCGACGGUGUCCUCCGCCUCCCCGCCGAGCCGGCCCCCGCGGACGCCGGCGGCGGCGAGCAGCAGCAGCAGGAACCGGCCGCCAAGCGCCGGCGCAAGCUCCAGCCGACGCGCGGCGCGGGGGCGGGACCGGGACCCGCGGCACCUGCCCCCGCCGCGGCGUACUACCCCGUCAUCGCCGACCCCCUCCUCCAGGCCAACGGCGGCGGCGCGAUUUCGGUGUCCAGCGGCCUUGCCCCGGCCUCUGCCCCCGCGGCGCCCGCCGGCGCCAUUCCUUUCAUCGCCAUCCCGGCGCCUAGCCCCGGCGCGACGGGCGAAGGCAAACAGAUGAUUCCGCCGGCGGCGGCUAUGUGGAUGGUUCCGCAGCAGGCCGGCGCGGCCAACCAGCCGACUCACUAUUGGGCUUUCCCAACCAAUCCUGAAUUCCUCAAUUUCCAGCAGCAGGCUGUCUACGAUGCGGGGCAGCUUGUUGGCGACGGAGAAUCACAAGGCCAGCAGACCGGCAGUUACCAGCCAUGGGAGGGGGAGGACGAAGAGAUUGCCGUGACUGAUUCCUCUUCGGAAGAGUAG